UGAUCCUGAUUCCAUUCGCCCCGCGCGUUCCGCCAAUCGGGUCCCUCCGGCGGUUUUCGUUGUUCAGAUUCGAUCUGGGCGCGUGCUCUGAUGGCGUCACAGGAGGAGAGAAGGAGAGAGGCGUGAGACCAACGGCCUUUGAAUCCCGCCGGUAGCCGCCAGAAAAACAAUACUCCUACUCCUACUCCUACUCCACUCACCACCGUCUGCUUCGGGGCGACGCAUCUCGUCGCUUUCCCUUCCCCUUACCCUUCCCUGUGAGCGAGCGGCGUAUCGCGGUCGCCGCCGCACCCUCCCCAUUCGCCCAGACAUGUACGGCCAACUGUUCGGCCCUUGCCUUCGCCUUUCCCAGACCGACCGAUCGGCCGGCCUUUUCUCCCCCGUUCGGUAGAUUCAUUCAUUCAUUCCGCAACGAAUCCGGUUCAGGCUAACGAGGAGGAGGAGGAGGAGGCGAUUGGUGGUUGAAUCUGGUGGGAUGACGCGACGGAGUCCACCGCGACGGAGCAGCACGCAUUCCGCGGGGAAGGACCAAAUGCGGAGGAUCCUGUUCUAGCGUCAGGCUCCCAUCUGUGAUCCAGUUCUUGCUGCAAGUUCGUCACCGCCCUGCUGUAUUCUCUGAUCUUGUUUGGCCGAGAUUCCGUGGAGUAGAUGGACGAGGACGAGUACUCUUGGGUGCGCCGCACCAAGUUCUCGCAAUCCAUCGUCAGGUCUAGCUCCGGCAGAUGUUCAUUCGACGAGCAGUUCAGCCGCCGUGCCCUGUCGAUGCCGAAAGGGUUUGAUUCAGAGCUCAAGAAUCUGCAGCCGAGGGCCAAAGGAGCGGCCUCAAAUCCGGCGAGGCCAGCGAUUCCCAGGGCAAAAUCAGCAGCUGGCCAGGCAGACCGGAAGCCAAAAGAUGUUGUGUUUUCAGAUGUUCAGUUGCAACAGCAUGGUGCUGUUAGUGAUGGCUCGCUGAAAGAAACGUCGAGGAAGCAGGAUUGCCGCGAGCUCGGACCAAAGGGAAAUGGCCUGAGCUUGAAAUCCCUGGACAUUCCUAAUCGGCGUAUUGUCCGGGGGUUGAAUGAUGGAAGCUCAGAAAACAAGCUGGAGUUCUCUUUCCACUCCGAGGAGCAAAGCUUGAGGUUGCAGAGGGUGUGUUCUAGCCCAGGUCCUUACUUUGCAAAGGAUGCAGGUCUAGCCGGCGAUUCCAAUCCACGGAGUGUAUCCUUUAAGGUUGCUGGUGAUGGAUCAAAGCCGAAGAAGAGAGCGAAAUCCCCCAUCCCGACGCGCGUCAUCUCCGACGUUUUUAGGGAGGCGAAAGCUGCCAGUAAGAGGUUCUCCUCUCCACAGCGGCAAAGGAAAUCUAGCUCUGUUCGGUUGCUGGAUGAUAGUCCCCCUUUUGCCUUCUCUUCGACAAGAGCAGCAAGCAAAUUGGUAACUAAAAGGGCCUCUUCCUGGCCAAGGAACUCCGAAGCUAGAGUUGCAAAGGUCGCCGCGCUGGAUGUACUUGAGAAAUGGACGGUCGACCGUUCACAGUUACUCAUUGGCCAUAGAUUUGCAUCGGGGGCUUAUAGUCGUCUGUUCCAUGGAAUCUACAAGGAGCAACCUGUUGCUGUCAAGUUUAUCAGGCAACCUGAUGAUGGUGAAGACCCAGAACUGGCUGCUCGGCUUGAGAAGCAGUUCACUGUCGAAGUUACGAUUUUGGCCCGGCUCCAGCAUCGUAAUGUCAUUGAGCUGGUUGGAGCAUGUAGAUCUGCACCUGUCUUCUGUGUAAUCACUGAGUUCCUUCCUGGGGGUUCUUUGAGAUCUUUUCUGCGCAAGCUGGAGGGCAAACAACUUCCGUUGGACAAGAUUCUCUCCAUUGCCCUGGACAUUGCGCGUGGUUUGGAAUAUGUGCAUUCGCAAGGCGUAAUCCACCGUGACGUGAAACCUGAGAACAUUCUGUUCGACGCAGAAUGUUGUGCAAAGGUCGUUGAUUUUGGAGUAGCUUUCGAAAACGUCUACUGCAACACGUUGGAAGAUGACCCGGGCACAUAUAGAUGGAUGGCGCCGGAGAUGUGUAAGCGCAAGCCAUAUGGUCCGAAAGUCGAUGUUUAUAGUUUUGGCCUUGUCUUGUGGGAACUGGUUAGUGGUUCGAUUCCCUAUGAAGAGAUGACUCCGCUCCAAGCAGCUUAUGCAGUUGUUAAUAAGAACUUGAGACCGAUUGUUCCUUCUAGCUGCCCGACACCGUUGCAACAGUUGAUGGAGCAAUGCUGGUCCGCUCAACCCGAGAAGAGGCCCGUGUUUACUGAGAUAGUUCAAACCCUUGAAAAUCUCAAGACAGCUCUCGAUAGAGAUGGAACCAUUGAGAAGACCCCAACCCCCAGCUGCCAGGAAGCUGCUCAGGAGCAAAACAAGAAUAGACUUGCCAGCUGGAUCCUGAAGCUCUCAUAUAGCCCACCGGAUUUCUCAGGGCCCCCGCCGCCGAAGCUACUGUGAUUAUGUGUCUUCCUCUUCCCAGAAUGUGUUCUGUGGUAGGUCAUAACUCUGUAAAUCAAUUUUUCGUUGUAUAUAAAACACAAACUACACGAGACGCCCUUUUCUUUUCUUUACAGAACACAAUAAAUAUAUUUUUUCUGGGUUU